AUGAUUCGCCAAAAAUUCAACAAAAUUGUACUUUUGUUUUUAUUAUUAAUUUGUUAUUAUCGUGAAAUUGAAGGAAAUGGUGGUGAAGAUGAGAGAGGCGGAGGCAAAAUUAAGGGGAGUGAAGGGGAAGUCGAAGGAGGGAAAGUGGUAGUUGGAAUUGGAGGGAUUAGAAGUGAAGUUGAAGGAGGGAAAUUGAAAGUUGGAGGAGGGAAAGGAGGUGACCUUCAACAUGGUGGAGGUGAACUUGGUGGGGUUAAAAAUGAAAUUAAAAGAGGUGAGGAAGUCCAAAUUGAAGCGAAGGGAGGUGAAAGAGUGCCUGAACAGUUUAUUAAAAAAUCUGAUAAAGAAACAAAAAGUUUAAAAAAAGUUUGGGGUAAAAUUGAGAAUAAAAAGGAGGAAAUAGGAGAUGAAAAAGAAUAUGAAAAUGACUUUCCGUCAUUAUCAGACAGUAAAAAUGUUACUAAAAAGACAAUGAAAUAUAAAUAUUUAUCUGCUAAAAAAGGUGAAAAAAAGUUUAAAAAUAAAUUAAAAACUUCUAUAAUGUAA